AUGGAGGAAGUCACCUGGAGAGUCUGGGUGAGUCCGGUCAGAGAGACCGCAGAGAAGCACUUUUAUGUCCGUGACUGCUCGUGUGCUGCGCUGUCCAGUCUGGUGUUGGUUCUCCUGGGACUGCUGGGCUCGGUCCACGGCUGUCCUGGUGUCUGCACAUGCUAUGGUAACACCACUGACUGCUCCGCUGUGGGCCUUCUCUCUCUGAAGCCCAUCCUGGGACUGCUGGACCAGGACUCUCUGAUCCUCCGCCUACCCCACAACAACCUGUCGUCCCUGGGCACGGCCGACCUGUCCAACCUCAGCAGCCUGGACCUCCUGGAUCUCUCCCAGAAUCACUUUUCCACCCUGCAGCCUGGGGCUUUCUCGGGCCUGAGUGGCCUGCAAGUCCUCCAGGACGGAAGCCAAGGGAGCGUUGGCCUGAGCAGGGACGUUUUCAGGGGGCUGUGGCGGCUGCGGGGGCUCGACCUGUCCUCCAACGGCCUCCUGUGGCUGCCCAAAGGCAUGCUGGACGGGCUUCAGAGACUCGCCUGGCUGUCCUUGGCCAGCAACCGGCUGGCGGCCCUGGACAGAGUCACCUUCGAGCCCCUGGUGGGGCUACAGCAGCUCCGCCUGGCGGGAAACCCCUGGGAGUGCGACUGCAAGCUGAGAGACUUCAAGCACUGGAUGGAGUGGAUGAUUUACAGGGAUGGGCAGGUAGAUGCGAUGCAGUGCAGUCUCCCGGGGGAUCUGAAGGGCAGGGACAUCCGCAGCGUGCCAGCAGAGAUGUUCAGCUACUGCCUGCCGUCUGUGACCAAAGAGGGCGCGCCGGGCUACGCCACGCGCCCUCCGUGCCCGCCCGGCCGCAUCAGCGGCAACGACGAGUGCAUCCGCCAGCGCUACCGGCCCGUCAGCGUCCGGCGAGCGCAUGGCACGCAGAUCGUCGCGGGCGUGAUUUGCGGCACGGUGUGCGUCAUGAUGGUGGUGGCGGCGACGUACGGCUGCGUCUACGCCUCCCUGAUGGCGCGCUACCAGAGGGAGAUGAAGAGUCGCGGGCAGCCGCUGAUGGCCGAGUCCGGAGGAGACACGGACCUGGAGGACGGGGAGGUGUCCUCGCCGACCUCUCCGCGGGAGUCGCCGCCCAAAGAGGGCUGCGGCAUCGUGCACGGAUAUCGAAUCAGCAGCUUCUGACCAGGACGCUCUGGU